AUGGAACCAGAAAAUCAAACAGCUAUUUCAAAAUUCAUACUCUUGGGACUCUCGGAGGAUAUGGACCUGCAGCCUCUCCUCUUUGGACUGUUCCUCUACAUGUACCUGGUUUGUGUUAUAGGGAACCUGCUUAUUAUUCUGGCUGUUAUCUCAGAUGCCCAUCUUCACACCCCCAUGUACUUCUUCCUCUCCAACCUAUCCUUCACUGACAUCUGUUUCACUUCCACCACCAUCCCCAAGAUGCUGGUGAACAUCCAGGCACAGGAUAAAGUCAUCACUUAUGAAGGCUGCCUCAGCCAGAUGUAUUUUUUCAUGAUAUUUGCUGGACUGGAAAAUCUGUUGCUGACAGUGAUGGCCUAUGACCGGUUUGUGGUCAUCUGCUACCCUCUGCACUACACGAUAAUCAUGAACCCACGUCUCUGUGGUCUCCUACUUCUGCUUUCUUGGGUUAUCUGCCUUAUAUAUUCUUUGCUGCAAUGUUUGAUGGUUUUGAGAGUUUCUUUUUGCAUAGAGACAGAAAUCCCCCAUUUCUUUUGUGAACUUGCUCAAAUUCUCAAGCUUGCCUGCUCUGACACUCUUGUAAAUGAAGUCUUGUUAUACUGUGUAACUGCCCUACUUGGUGUUAUUCCCUUGACUGGAAUCCUUUUUUCUUAUUCUAAGAUUAUUUCUUCCAUAAUGGGUAUUUCCUCUGUUGGAGGGAAGUAUAAAGCCUUUUCCACAUGUGGGUCUCACCUCUCUGUUGUCUCCUUGUUCUAUGGUGCAGGCCUUUGGGUCUAUUUGACUUCUGGAACAGCUCAUCCCUCCAGAAAAGGCUCAGUAGCCUCAGUGAUGUACACAGUGGUCACCCCCAUGCUGAACCCCUUCAUCUACAGCUUGAGGAACAAGGACAUAAAGGGGGCUCUGAGGAAGCUUUUUAGCAGAGGAGCUUGCCCUCAGUGA